UUGUUCAAUAUCGUUGUUUCUUGACAUUCCGUGACCCAACCAGAAUGUGUUCAUCUUUUGAAGAAUGCUUAUACAAACUUUCAGAACAUUGUAUAAAAAGUAAAUCACCUUAUUCUAGAAGAGAGAUUGAUGAUUUAAAAGAUGUUUUUAAACAUAUGAAAAAGUACAAAAGUGAUUUCUCUGCCAUUAAUUGUUGGUUUAAUUUACAGGGAAGCCUCCUCUCCCUGGAAUGUUUGUGGCAACUCCAGACACUUAACUUCAUUCAUUUUACCUCGUACAUAUACUUCAAUGCUGACUCAGUAGUUCAGUUGAGUGAAGACUUCGAGACCCUGAUCUGGUGCCAAGACGAUGCUGUCAGAGAUGACCUCUCCGAGUGUGUGGCGACCCUGCUGAGAGUGUUGGUCAACCUGGGAGGUCACACACCCAGGGACAUUUGCAAGCCUGGACAACAGCUGUUGACUCUGAUUUUGGAGAAGUUUGUAGACAGAUUACUACGAGAUCCAUUUUCAGUCGACGAACCCAUUCCAUUUCUCCCUUGCCUUUUAGCCAGCGAGGAAGUUGUACCAUCUAGACUACGGGUGUUCUGCCUGUCUUUGAUUCGGAUGAUGGUCCAAGUAGAUCCAGGAGCUGUGACUGUGCAAGAAGCAAUUGAAUGCCAAGCGGAAAAAUUCACAACAGCAAAGUCACCACCUCUCAUUUCACAAGUUUUUAAAGAGGUGCUAUCAAGCGUAACAGCUGAAGAUUUCAUUGAGGAGUUAAAGUUUUGCAUUACUUCUCUACAAGAACAAUUCAACUGGUGUUGGCUGCUGACGGCAGUGUCUGUGUUCGUUCUGUCGUCAGUAAAAGGAAUUGCAUCUCUAAAAGGUGUGACGGAGGAGUGGGUGGGUCAGGCGUGUGCCAACAGGGAUGCCAACCUUCUCUCCUCGGCUCUAUUGAUCGCGAGGCAGUGUUGUGCUGAGAGCCCAGUCAAGUUUUGUUCGUAUAGCGCUUGGUUCGGAGGCUUACAAGUGCGACCCGCCUCUGCAUUCGCUUACUUCUUUGAAUUUCUAUCUGAGCUUGUGCCUCACGAACCUGUUCUGUGUCUCAAGAUUCAUGUGAACAAAUUGCCAUCCCCUCCACCCAACUGUCAUAGCGUGAUAGCCGACUAUGUAGUCUUGGCCAAGACUCGAUUGGCAGACCUUCGUCAGUCUACAGACUACCUAGGACUGUUUGGAGAGUACACCACCACUGAACAGGAGGGCCGAAAGUCGGAUGUGGCAAAGGUGUUGGCUCACUUUAAACAAACCAAAGAAAUAAUGAAAAUAGUUCUGGAGGCAUCUGUGUUCAGGCGACAAUUUUACGAGGAUGUUUUCUUGACUGAACUGUUAAAGGAUAGUGAUGAAGAACUUGUUGAACUAAUUGAAAAAUUAUACUCAAUGGGGAAGAUUCCUCACGGUAUGUACAGCCGGUGGAAACAGUCUCAUAUGUGA